GGCUCUGCGUCUGCUUCUGAAACUGUGGCUCUGCGUUAAUUUUCACGGUUUCAUGCAUUAGGAAUUUGAUAUAGACAAAUGGCACUUUUUGCUUAAGAAAAACAAAAGUUAGAGGCUCGAUGGUCGCCUAUAAAUAUACUUACUUUCAAGAUCUCCAACGUCGCCCUUGUUCUUCACCCCUCGCCACUUCACAAACACUCCUCCACUCUUAACUUCUUCAAUUUUCUUUGAAGCUCAACAAUGGAAAGGAGACAAUACACUCUGAUGCUGUGUCUUGUGACGAUGAUGCUUAUUUUACUCAUAGAAGUUCAGGCUGCUAAAACUACUACAGAGCCUCCAGCUGCAGAACCACAGUCAGCGACCUUUCACAUGUACGGUGCCACUCAAGGCAGCCUUCAGCCACAAGAGUGUGCACCGCGUUGCACAGCUCGGUGCUCAGCAACAGCUUACAAGAAGCCCUGUAUGUUCUUCUGCCAGAAAUGCUGCGCCAAGUGCUUGUGUGUGCCUCCUGGCACAUAUGGGAACAAGCAAUUCUGCCCUUGCUAUAAUAACUGGAAGACCAAGAGGGGAGGACCCAAAUGUCCAUGAUGAAUCUGCCUUACUACACAAAUAUGUGAAUUUGUUAUUCUUUUCCUCCUCCCAUUUCACGUAGCGUACACUAUGUUUCAAUUCUAUGUAUUAUUGAAAAUGAGGGAACCAUCUUCACUAAUAAAUUUCUGGUGUUUGAGUUCUUAUGGUCUAA